AUGGCCGAAGACAAUGCUCAUUGUUCGGCUGAGUGGGGUCCCAUCACUCCCUUUGGAGCUGAACCUUAUUGUUCGGAGAAGAAUAUCCUACGAAAAUCCAGAAUCUUGGAAUAUUCCUUUAAAAUUUCUGAACACGGCAUGAUAACUCCCGUUUUAACUAUAAUCUACUCCUCCACUAUAAUCGACAAAAAGAAUGAUGGAAUCGAUAUAAAUAAACGGAGGACAGAAUUCGAUUGUUCACUCCUCCUCAGAAUUGUGGUCGUAAAAAAAGAAAAAAAAAAGAAAGAAAAACUACAUCGUUGAGAGAAGGUUAACCUUGACAACGGGUUGCUUGAGAAUUCCUAAGAUGAACUUCUAGACCGUUUCUACAAUAUCUUAUUCCACUGCACCAUUCCAAUGAAAUAUAAUUUAUCGUAACAAAAUAUUGUUGUCAUAUAUUAAAACAAAAAUAUCAAAUAUGAUUUAUUCGAACUAUUUUUC